AUGGGUAUCAUCUCUUUCAGAAAGCUGGUGGGCGUUUUGCCGCUCCUUGCGGUCGUCGGUCUAGCCAUCAAUCCACCUCGAAAGCCCCAGCAGCCAACUGGAAACGGUGAUCGUCUUCUAACCUACAACGAGACAACGCCUUAUGCCAGACAUAAUCCAUCCCGCAUGUCGGUGCGCUGGGUGAGUUCCGUUGACGACGGCCAGUACAUCACCACCAAUGAAAAUUCCGACCUGGUCUUGGUGGACAUUGUUUCUGAGAAAGAAACCACGUUUUUGCCCGCCAAGAGUAAACCCAAAAACCUCCAUGCCUUUUGGAUCCGCCAUGAUCGCCAGGCUGUCCUGGCUGCUGCCAAUUUCACAAAGCAAUACCGACACUCGUACUUGGCCGACUACUUUGUAGUCGACGUCAACUCCGGCAACAACACACCCAUUGUUGACGACCAGGCCGGUGAUAUCCAGUACGCAACAAUGGCUCCAGUCGGAGAGACGAUUGCUUUCGUGCGCGGCAACGACGUAUACCUUCGCGACGAACAUGGCCAAAUCCACCGAAUCACCGACAACGGAAGCGCCGACAUAUUCAACGGUGUGCCAGACUGGGUGUAUGAGGAAGAUGUUUUCGGGAAUCGUUUGGCCCUCUGGUACUCUCCCGACGCCAAGUUCAUUGCUUUUUUGAGCUUCAACGACACGGGCGUGGGAACCUUCACCAUUCCUUACUACAUGGCAGGGCAGGAGAAGGCACCGUCUUAUCCCCAGGAGCUGGAACUGCGAUAUCCCAAAGCCGGAACGACAAACCCGACUGUUGAGCUGAAUAUUGUGGAUGUUGAGACUAAAAAACUUAUCAACGUUCCAAUUGAUGCCUUUUCCAAGAACAACACCAUUGUCGGUGAGGUCAAGUGGGUUACCGACAAGCAUUCGGCGCUCAUCUAUCGUGCAUUUAACCGUGUACAGGACCGGGACAAACACGUACUAGUCGACGUCCAAACUAUGGCCAGCAAGACCGUUAGAGAGCGCGAUGGAACAGACGGAUGGCUAGAUAAUCAUAUGGCCAUCUCCUACGUGGGAGAGGCGCAAGAUUCAGGCAACAAUUACUACAUCGACCUAUCCGACGACUCGGGCUGGACACAUAUCUACCUCUUCCCUGUGAACGGCGGCGACCCUGUGCAAUUAACCUCUGGUGAUUGGGAAGUCAGCACCAUUUUGGCCGUGGAUACAUCCAGGAAACUCAUCUACUUUGAGUCAACAAAACACCACAGCACAGAGAGACACAUUUACAGUGUUUCGUACACCACGCUAGAGAUUACUCCUCUUGUCAAUGACACUGUACCAGCCGUCUGGAGCGCAUCCUUCUCGCCCCAAGGCAAAUACUAUAUACUGUCUUAUAACGGGCCCGAUGUUCCCUAUCAGGAAUUAUACGCCUCCAACAACACGGAUGCACCGCUGCGAACGCUCACUUCAAACGACGAAUUCUACAAAUUAAUCAGUGAAUACAAUCUUCCCAACGUCACCUAUUUCGAGCUCCAGCACCCAGACGGCUUCUCCUUGAAUGUAAAGCAGCAGCUACCACCCAAUUUUGACCCAACCAAGAAAUACCCCGUCCUAUUCACACCGUACGGCGGCCCGACCUCCCAAUCCGUCACCAAGCGGUUCCAACCUCUCGACUGGUCAGCAUACAUUGCAUCUGAACCCGAGCUCCAGUACGUCGUGUACACCAUCGACAACCGCGGCACAGGCUACAAGGGUCGACGUUUCCGAUCAUCCGUCGUCAAGUACGUCGGCAACUUGGAAGCCCAAGACCAGAUUUGGGCGGCGCAGGAGCUCGUCUCGCGCAACGAAUUCCUGAAUCCGCACAAGGUAGGCAUCUGGGGGUGGUCGUUCGGCGGCUUCCUCGCCGCCAAGGUGAUUGAGGCGGACUCGGGCGCCUUCACCUUUGGGCUGAGCACGGCUCCCGUGUCGGACUGGCGGUUCUAUGAUUCCGCGUACACGGAGCGGUACAUGAAGACGCCGGCGACCAACGCAGAUGGCUACAACAAGACGGCUAUACGGAAUGCGGAGGGCUUUAAAAACGUGGCGGGGAAAUUUGCCCUGAUGCACGGCACUGGCGACGAUAAUGUUCACUACCAGCACGCGGCGGUGUUGGCGGAUUUGCUGGUGGCCAAGGGCGUCUCGCCGGACAAGUUCCAGAUGGUUGCCUUUACGGACAGCGACCAUGGGAUUAGCUUCCACGGCGCGAGUGAGUGGAUAUAUAAAUUUUUGACGGCCAAGUUGUGGGAGGAGGUUGAGCGCAAGGAUGGUUCCCUUGUUCAUCAAUGGAGUCGGCGGCGUCUGGUCGUUGGUGAGGGAACAAAAGGAGCUGUGGCAUGA